AUGGAAGAACUGGCGGUGGAGGUCCGAGGCUCCAACGGGGCUUAUUACAAGGGUUUUGUCAAAGACCUCCACGAUGACUCCAUCAGCGUCGCCUUCGAGAACAAUUGGCAGCCAGAGCGGCAGGUUCCCUUCAGUGACGUCCGCCUGCCUCCUCCUGCUGACGCCAACAAGGAUAUUAAGGAGGGAGACGAUGUGGAGAUCUUCUCCAGAGCCAAUGACCAGGAGCCGUGCGGCUGGUGGCUCGCCAAGGUCCGCAUGAUGAAGGGAGAGUUCUUCGUGAUUGAGUACGCUGCCUGUGACGCCACGUACAACGAGAUCGUGACCUUCGAGCGUCUACGGCCCGUCAACCCCAACGCUUCCCUCGCCAAGAACCACCUCUACAAGUGCAGGGUCCUAGUGCCCCAAGACCUGGUGCAAGCGUGUCAGGUUGAAAACGCUCACAGAGAGUUCAAGAAAGCGGUGGGCGCCUGUCACAUCUCCUUCAGCCCCGAGACCUGCCAGCUGCUCAUCGUGGUGUGA